GCAGCACUUAGGUGACAAGGGAAAAGUCAUUAUACGUAAUUUAUGAGGCCGCGAUCAUUCUAAUAGAGACCGAGGUUGUUACCAUACAAUAACAGGAAAUAUAUGCAGCAUAUGGCAAAGUACAGUUAACUUCAGCACAUGACUGGACCCCAGACGUAUAGCAAGCCAGAGACGUGUGCUAUACUAGCACGUGUUUACGGCAGGUGCAGGUGGUCAAGUUGAGUGUCUCCUUUUUGGUUCCGAUUUCAGUCUGAACAGUUGAGAUUGGGCAAAUGGCUGACGAGGUGGUUGGUGAAAUACCGCAGGUGAUUCGUGUGGGCUCACGAAAAAGCGAGUUAGCAAUGAUUCAAACCAACACGGUGAUAGAACGGCUUCAGAAACUGUACCCAACCCAGACGUUCGAUGUUGUUACCAUGGAAACAAUAGGAGACACAAUCCAGGACAAACCGCUUUCCAACAUUGGCGUGACCAGCCUGUUCACCAAGGAAUUGGAGAGGGCGCUAGCAGACGACAAAGUUGACAUGAUUGUCCAUUCCUUGAAGGACCUACCAUCUGUCUUGCCGGACGGAAUGGCCAUCGCUACCGUCUGCAAACGAGAUGACCCCCAUGAUGCCUUGGUCCUGAGCCCAAAGCAUGCUGGGAGAACAUUAGAGACCCUCCAACCUGGCAGUGUAGUUGGCACAAGUUCUGUGCGCCGUGUAGCUCAACUCAAAAGGAAGUUUCCUCUCGUGGAAUUUAAAGACGUCCGUGGUAAUCUAAACACCAGGUUGCGUAAGCUGGACGAGUCUGGCAACUACGCGUGCCUGAUCUUGGCUGCAGCUGGACUGCAUAGGAUGGGUUGGGAGCACAGAAUAAGCCAGGUCCUUCUUCCUGAUGUCUGCAUGUACGCCCCAUGCCAAGGUGCCAUGGCCGUGGAGUGCAAGGUUGCCAACCGAAGACUCGUCCAGUUCCUGUCCAGACUGCACGACCCUGUGACACUCCUGCAGUGCGUCUGUGAGCGGGCAUUGCUAGGGACACUGCAGGGGGGCUGCAGUGCACCCGUGGCGGUCGACUCGCAGGUUGCAGAUGGCAAGAUAAAAUUGACAGGGGCAGCGUUCAGCCUUGAUGGAUCAGAGUGUGUACAGGAAAUGCAAUCCGUUGACUUACCGCCAGACUUGCUGCAAAAGAUGGAGCCAUCCAACAGUCCAGAUUCCUUCCAACUGUACUCCUUCAUCAUUGCCCCCAAUCUAUCCCACAAUGCACUCCAUGCAGCCGAGCAGCUUGGGUCCACGGUUGCCACGGCAAUGCUAAAAAAUGGCGCAGACAAGAUACUGGAGGCAGCGAAACAAGAAAUAGACGCUAGGAGGAACAAGACUGACUGAGACUACAUGAAGUUUUUAGUCUUUUCCGUGGUGCAAAUUUUUUAAUAGUUAUGGAAACUUUGGAGGUGAAUUUUUCCUGUCCACGUCAUGAAUGUGAAGACUUGUACCUCCACUUUAUUCUUCUGUAUUGACGGUCUUUCUUUGGUGCAGCCUAUCUCACUAUUUGUCAACUUCAGAAAAGGUGUUUAGUUUGAUUUAUAAAAAGACAUUUUUUUUAUGCUCUGAGCAAAGCUGAAGGGAUAUGCCGUUUCUGUCUUGUGUCUGUGUGUGUAUGGGUGCACUGGCUGGAUCUGUGUUCAGGAAACAGUUUAUGUUGGGAAUUCAGGACCUUUUAAAUCAAUAAUUAAAAAGUAAGGCCUAGACUAUACGCUGCUGCCAUGUCAAACUUAAAGAGAGUAGUGUCAUGCCACUGCCAUGCAGAACACCGAUGGCGCGGCACACCCUAUCAAGCUAAAGGGCUUGCUGUGCCAAAUGUAAUUUGCUGAACCAAAUUGACGCUGAACGCUGUGCUGUUGCGGUUCCGAACUUGAAGAACUCACUUUAUUUAAGUGCGGCUCAGUAGGUGUAUAGCCUAGUUCUAAUACAACAAAAAUAUGAGCAAUGUAUACCCGUUUUGCUAAGCUUUAACCCUUCGCACCGGGAAGUGGCUGUAGCCGCUGUAAAAAUUUAGAUCCUUUUCAGCUAUUAUUCUCGGCCCACGCUCAAGCGAACACGGUGAAAGAAGGCAGA